GGCUGGUCGUGUUGGGAGGCUUCAUAGCGACACUGUGUGGUGUGGGAGCCAUGUUGAUGUUGCCCGAUUCCGGAUCAACUACUGCACUUUGGGUGUUCACAUAGUCGUAUUUCACACGGCCGACAGCCGGUGGUUAUCGGAGAAGUGCGAUGAAAAGCGAAGAGCACUGGAUGAAAGCGUACCGUCGGAUUCCGUUCACCGUUAAUUCAUAGCAAGUGAAGUUUGCUACGGCAAGUUACAUUGUCUCCUCCUAGACAGCCAGCUAGCAACAGCUGCAGCACGGCUACAGGGGAUGCGGUGUAGGGACCCGCUCCCUCUAACGUUGUCGCAACAAGGAUUUUUUAUAUUAUUUUUUUUCAUUUCCUGCACAUUGCCAACACGUGUGGGACUUAAUGUGUUUUGGAGCAGGUCCGCGUUUUGCUACGGUAAUGUUAGCUUGCUAACUUGCCUCUUUGUAAAGCCUGCUAGCUAGUAGCUAGUAUGCUGACCAUCAGUUUGUCUCACGACUAACAUUUCCUGCGGAGUUUAUUCUAACUUCUGGUUGCUUUCAGACAGCUCGCCUGUUUUGUUCGACCGUGGACUGUUUAAAUGGACACCAAGUAGUCGAGCAGUGGAGAUAUGGCGCUUUAUCGAUGCUGCAUGGGAUGCUAUCGAUUCGCCUGUCCAACUUCCCAAGGCACGGUUAACUGGCUUGUAGCAUAACUUUGACGUUCACUGUACCGUCACUCCGGUUCAGCAGGAAGCUAAUUUGGUCGCUAGCUGUUGAUACCGCCUCGCCAUCAAGCUGGCGGCCCUCCGAGUAGAAGCGGAAGAGAAGGAGCUGGGAGCGAUGGCCUGGGUGUUGAAGAUGGACGACGCCACCAUCGAGUCGGGCUUGGUGCACGACUUUGAUGCCAGCCUGUCGGGCAUUGGGCAGGAGCUUGGGGCUGGCGCCUACAGUAUGAGCGACGUGCUCGCUCUCCCCAUCUUCAAGCAGGAGGACUCCAGCCUGCCCGACGACGUUGAGACCAAAAACCUGCCAUUCCAGUAUGUGCUCUGUGCCGCCACGUCGCCUGCCGUCAAACUGCACGACGAGACCCUCACAUACCUCAACCAAGGCCAGUCUUACGAGGUGCGCAUGUUGGACAACAGGAAGCCAGGGGAGUUACCUGAGAUACACAACAAGAUGGUUAAGAGCACGGUGCGCGUGGUGUUCCAUGACCGCCGGCUGCAGUACACGGAGCACCAACAGCUGGAGGGCUGGAAGUGGAAUCGCCCCGGCGACCGUCUCCUUGACAUCGACAUCCCCAUGUCGGUGGGUAUCGUAGAGCCCAAGACGAACCCCUCCCAGUUGAAUGCUGCAGAGUUCCUCUGGGACAUCAACAAGAGAACCUCUGUUUUUGUACAGGUACACUGCAUCAGCACAGAGUUCACCCCCAGGAAGCACGGCGGGGAGAAGGGGGUGCCCUUCCGGAUCCAGAUCGACACCUUCGCCCCCGGAGAGGCGGCCGACUACACGGAGCACCUGCACUCCUCCUCCUGCCAGAUCAAAGUCUUCAAGCCAAAGGGAGCAGACCGGAAGCAGAAGACUGACAGGGAGAAGAUGGAGAAGCGCACAGCACUAGAGAAGGAGAAGUACCAGCCAUCCUACGAUACCACUAUCCUGUCAGAGUGCAACGCAACAUGUGCCCUGGACCUUCUACUGAGUAUGUGUGUCCCUGGCUCCUCCCAGAUGAGGCUGGAGCCCAUCAUAGAGGACGCGGCGGACCACGAGCUCAAGAAGUCCAGCAAGCGGACUCUCCCGGCCGACUGUGGCGACUCGCUGGCCAAGCGGGGCAGUUGUUCCCCGUGGCCGGACAACGCCUAUGUCAGCACAAACCAGGCAGCUACCCCCUCCUUCACCUCCUCCCCCCUCUCCACCUACACAGCCUCCUCGGUGCCAGACAGCGAAUCUUCGUCCCCCAACCACCAGGCCGACCCGGUCAGCAAUGUCAACACAGAGCAGCUCAGCCCAACGGCCUCCAUCCAGGACGCCCAGAAGUGGCUCCUAAAGAACCGCUUCAACUCCUAUGCGCGCCUCUUCUCCCACUUCUCAGGUUCCGAUUUGUUGAAGCUCACCCGGGACGACCUGGUCCAGAUAUGUGGGGCCGCCGACGGCAUCAGGCUCUUUAAUGCACUUAAAUCCAGGUCAGUGCGUCCCAGGCUGACUCUGUACGUCUGCCAGGAGGCGCUGAUUGAGAGCCCCCUGCUGGAGAGACGUGGCAACAGCGAGAACGGGGAGCCCGGCAGCCCCUCCAGCCUCUACGGUACUAUGUACCACGCUCUCUACCUAGAGGACUUGACCGCAGCAGAGCUGAUUCGCAAGAUGGCGUCCGUGUGCAACCUUCCCCUCUGCACCAUCAACCAGGUGUACCGCCAGGGCCCCACUGGCAUACACAUACUGCUCAGUGACCAGAUGGUGUACAACCUCCCUGACGAGAGCUGCUUUCUGAUCUGCUCUCUUAAAGACGACCUCGGCGAGGGUCUCCAUCUGAUCCUGAAGUAGCGCCAUGAAGAGAUGUCAUCACCAACCACUCCACCCUCUUGUUUUAUGAGCAGAAGCUGUUCUUGCUCCUUCUCCUCUCCAUGGUACUGUCUCUCUCUCUCCCCCUCUAAAUGUUCAGAUUGCUAGGUGGAAGACAGCAACUGGGCGAAGACGUGUAAAUGUUGGAAUCUGACAUGGGUGUGUCUGUUGUUUCAUAUUGAAAACACUAUUGACAAGAGAGACGGGAGGGGAGGGGGGAGCCCUCGGGAUGAGAAGUGUGGGUGAGCGGGCAAGGUUUAAUUUAAUGCCUUUUUGUUUUUCUUUUGUUUCGGUUUUUGUACGGACUCCUGUGUUCAGAGAAAGAGAGGGGGGUGAUGAGUGAAGAAUUGAUGGGGACUGGGUUGGGGGGAAUACUCCUAUUCAGCGACCCAUGCACUAGGCCAGUAUAUUGAUGUUCUGCACUGCUGGACCGCUUGCUUACCUUGGUUGUGGGAGCCCCCCCCAGGCUCUGGUCUCUACAUGCCCCACGAGCUGAGGUCCCAAACAGGUGGCUACGGUGUCGGCAUUGUAGUGAAACAACUUUUUUGUUGAUAAAUGUUUCCAGUGUGGAUGUUGUCACUGACGCUCAAAAAAAAGUGUUUUUAUUUUGAUUUUUAUUGUUUAUAAAAGGUCAGAAUGUGCCGAUAUCAUGUUCUUGUUGUCAUGUUGAAAGUAGUCUCGCAAAUCAGACUCUGGAUAAAUAUAUUAAGUCUAAUGGCAGACAAGCUUGAAUCUGGGUGAACGGGUGUUUCAUUUUAUUUUUCGCUUCCCAUUUAUUUUCGACUAAUCGUGUGGCUGGGGAUGUGCAGACGUGCGUUACAUGGAACUGGUCUAUAUUAUAAAGAACAUAAUCGGCGGAACCACAACACAAUUGAUCUGGCUGUGCAGUCCAAGAUUCUGCAUUUCUGCAUCCCAGAAUAUGCGGAAGAUGCCCUAGUGUUUGCCUUCUCCACUUGAAUCUCUUAAAUUAUCUUUUUUUUUUUUUUGCUACGCUUUUAUUGUUUUUAGUUGAUGGAUCUCAUAAUUGGGAGGCAAUCUUACAUGUUCGUGUGAAAACACAUUGUUUCUGGUGCCAUUUGCGUUUGGUCCAUGCCCACGUACAUAACUACCUACACACCCAUAACAUACACCUGUUACCACCUCUGUUUGCAGUGGUGAGCUAGAAAAUAUUUAUGGGCAUCAUAUACAUUAUGCCUUCUGGGAUUGUGGCCAUAACCUUUGAGGAUGUUAGUUUUAUAACUGCUAGAGGAACGGUUCUAAAGUUAAUCUAAUAAAAAAAAUCAUAGGAGACACGAUACGAAACGCCUAUACAAAACCUACAAUGAAACGGACCAAACAGGUUUUAGAUAGCACCGUCUGUAGGGUGUAAACGCUAGACAGUGUCUCACACAGCGGGGGGUAGCUGGGAGCGUAGCUGGGAGCAUAUGGCGCUUUAACAGCUAGAGUAGGGUCUGGAGUUGCUUUUUUGUACUGCAUGUAGAAUAUAAUGGGAGGCUUAACGGCGGCAUCUACAUUCACUAGCAUCUGUCUGUUUGAUAGAGGUGGCCAAUACGCAGGGGCGUUGUGUGCGUGUAUCAAGAGUUGUACAUGAAAAAAAAUAAGAUGGGGGCGUUCUUCCAUGUGUCACUCUCACCUCAGCGUUACAGAACUAUUUACAUGGAGCCCUUCUCUUGAAAUAUGUCCCCUGCCCUUUCAGGAAAACCUUGUCUUGGGAGAAUGUUUGCGGGUCAUUUUUAGUGCUUUUAGUUUAUAUUUAGGUUCUUGGUAUCCUUGAAGUGGACUUGUCAUCAGGGUAGCUCUCCACCGCCAUGAUACGUGCCCCCACCACCCCCUGAAUGGUAGGUUGGCAUGGUAACGGGUUAGUUUGUGUAGUAAAGUGCGGGAGGGUGGAUCUAAACCGAGUAGGCUUAGCACCAAGCAAAUACAUGCACACAUCAGUACUCCUGUGACCACAACUUCACAUGUUUCAUUCGUUGGCAUGUUCGAUGGGAGGAUCGAGAGGUCGAAGUUGAUCCCUAUAUAAUCUGGUGUCAUCUCACCACCUAUGAAAGUGGACGUUUUUGUUCUGGGUUAGGCAUGUGCAGGGAUAUGAGGUCCACUGAUGCGUUGUAUAUCAAAAAUGACUGAAAAUAUAGUUUAGUGAGGUCCCCUGGUUCUAGGCCGACUGUGGGAAGCCGUUACGAUGCCCUCUGAGCCUGGCCUCCGUCCCUGUGCAUGUCUGAGACACCAGGAGAGAGGGGGCAACCCGGCGAUGUACUGCCCGAGGUCAACGAGGACGCUUCUCAGCACAGUACCGUAUGCUGGAGAUGUACACCUGUGCUGGAAAAUAAAUGAUUUCAUAAA